AUGGAGCUGUCUUCCACGAGGACUGAAGCCGACCAUAAAUUCGAAGACGAGCGUCGUGUCGACUCAUCUAUUACGGCUUUGCAGAAUGGAGGCUGUUCCGGACUAUUCACUAAUCGUAAAAUUGGAGCCUGCAUGUUGCUCGGUUUCUCUUCGACCGCUCAUGUCAUGCGGCCUUCAAGCAACUCUGGGGGUUCGAACUCCAGAAGGAGUCGCGAGUUCUGUGCUCUCCCUGGUGCUCGUGGCCCUGGAAAGAGGGCCCCCGAGACGGCCAUCAUGGACUCUUCAAGCUGCCGGAAAAAGAAGCCAGGGAGACUGUAA